AUGGUCGAAUUCGGUCAGGUCAAAGUGGGCCACAUCGGCGCGGUGAAUUCGAUGAAGAACAGCGAGAAGAUACUGGAGUUGUCGCGAAAACAGCUCGCCGCCGAAGGCGUCCUCGACGACGACUUCGAAAUCGAGUUGGUGCAACAAAUGGGCUGCGGCGAGGCGUUCGAAGACGUCGCCGUCGCCGCCGACAUGUACCACGUUCAAGGCAUUCGCGCGUUCAUUGGUCCCUAUUGUAACGCUGAAUUGGACGCGGUCGCGAAAAUGGCGACGUUCUGGAACAUCCCGAUUGUCGGCUAUAUGGCGUCGACAAAUGUGUUCGCCGACAAAAAUAUUUAUAAAACGCUGGCUCGGGUCUCGUUGCGGACCACCAAUUCUCUCGCCGAAGCAUCGGCGGCGCUCAUCAAACACUAUGGAUGGGGCAAAGUUGCGAUCGUGACGAACACCGGAAUCGCCGCGUUCGAGCGCGUCGCCUCGUUCGAGGAGGUGUUUCACAAGCGCGGGAUUACCGUACUCAAAAAGAUAAUGCUCGAUGAAUAUACAACGGCAAAGGCGAUUAUGAAUAGCGGAUUGCUUCAGGAAUUGGCGAGUUCGGCGAGAAUUGUGGUGUGCGCCUUCUCAGCGACACGCGAUAUGACCAAGGAGUUUAUGCAGGCGGUGACAAUGGCGGGAAUGAACAACGCCGAAUACGCUUUCGUGCUUCCGUGGUUACAGACAGAAACUAAAGACGCGGCUCCGUGGCUCGGCGAAAACGGCGAAAUGCAGCAGAACAUCAAAGAUUAUUUCGCCAAUUCGCUAAUCAUUGACGAUGUUGUUGGGUUUGAGAAUACAUUGGUGACGCCGUUUCGAGAACGCGUUGAAGCUGGAGGUUAUACAGCGGAUGAUUUGGAAUUGAGUAAUCUUUACGGAUACGUUCAUUUGUAUGAUGCUCUUCGGCUUUACGCGCUUGCUGUGAGAUCGGCGAUGAACGAAACCGACGACGAGAAUGUUUAUCUAAAUGGGAAGACGGUUUGGAAUCAUAUGCGACGAAUGACAUUCCCCGGUUUGGUCUCAAACGCUGGCGUCUCCUCAGGAACCGUCAUGAUGGACGAUUUAGCGGAACGAGCAGCGGUAUACGCUGCGUUCUUCGUUCCGCCGAAAAGCGACACUGUGCGAAAAGUGUGCGAAUUGGAGCCAAAAUUAAUUGAAAAUUGCGAUGGAACGAAAACGCGCAAUGGAUGUUUCGAUUUGAUUAUAAGCGAUCAAUCAACGGGAUUCUGGCCGUCACUUGAUGGAUCAUUGCCAAAAGAUGAACCAGAAUGCGGAUAUCGAAAUGAGAGAUGCGAUUAUACUAUUAUAAUUAUUGGCGCCGCACUGGUCCUCAUUGUUUUAAUUGCUAUAGUAGUAGCAAUGAUAAUUUCAAGAAUUUGUAGCAAUAAAGCUUUGGCGAACACAGUAUGGCGAAUCUAUCGAGACGACUUCCGCGUGAUCAACGAAGACGAAGUGAAAUCAAUGCUGUCGAUUGGCUCAAAUCGGACGAAACUCUCGCAAAUGAGCAUGUUCGUGAAGCAUCAUGCGGUGGUCGGGACCAACACACACGCCUCAUUUCAUUCCUAUCCGCAACGACGAAGCAUCAACUUCAUCAGAGCCGACUUGAUGCUUCUUAAUCAAAUGAAGCAGGCGAUUCAUGACAACUUGAAUCCAUUCUUGGGAAUGUCGUUCAACGAAAAAGAGGAAAUGGUGAUUCUUUGGAAGUUCUGCUCAAGGGGAACCGUUCAGGAUAUCAUUUACAACGCAGAUGUCAACUUGGACUCGAAAUUCCACGCCGCUUUCAUCAGAGAUAUCACAUUGGGCCUCGAAUACCUUCAUUCAUCGGUGAUCGGCUAUCACGGUUCGCUAACCCCAUGGGCGUGCCUAAUCGACCGAAACUGGAUGGUGAAGCUCACCGAUUACGGCAAGAAGCAGGGCUACAUCGCAAUGGAGACGCUCAAAGACGGCGACGACAAGAGCGGAUCGGCGCAAAAAACAAGCAUUCUAUAUCAGCCGCCGGAGAUGCUGAAAAAUCGCGAGGCGAAUCGACUGAGACGAGCCGAUCAGGAUUGGAUAAAGCAAUCGCAAUCGAGACGCCAAAUGGGCGAUAUUUAUUCAUUUGGAAUGCUAAUGUACGAGAUCAUGUUUCGCGCGUUGCCGUUUGCAAAUGGCACCAAUCUGAAUGAGGUGAUGGACUAUAUUCGCGAUGGAAGCAAGACGUUUCGGCCGUCGAUUCAGGAUCGCAGUCAGAUGCAUCCCGAUUUGAUUGCGCUUCUUCAAGAUUGCUGGAGUGAGAAUCCCGAAGUUCGGCCGUCGAUUCGACGCGUCAGAUUGAACACGGAGAACUAUUUGAAAGUAAAAGGUUCGUUGGUCGAUCAGAUGAUGAGAAUGAUGGAGCAAUACGCGAAUAAUCUCGAAAAACUGGUGGCUGAGAGGACUGGAAUGUUGGAGGAGGCGAAUGUGCGAGCCGACAAGCUUCUCGGACAGCUUUUGCCGAAAUAUGUGGCCAAUGAGUUGAAGAUGGGACGAUCGGUGCCGCCGAAGACCUACACAUUGGCAACUGUGAUGUUCAGCGACAUCGUCGGAUUCACCACAAUUUGUUCGGCUUCAACACCGAUCGAGGUCGUCAACAUGCUCAACAACAUCUACAGCAAAUUCGACGACGCGAUCAAUAAGCACGGAGCUUAUAAGGUGGAGACGAUUGGUGACGCCUACAUGAUUGUGUCGGGAAUACCGGAAGAGAAUGGAAACGAGCAUAUCAUGAGAAUUUGCGACACCGGUCUUGAUUUGAUGAUGCUCCUCAAAACGUAUGAGAUACCGCAUCGCCGCGACGUUCGCCUACGCAUUCGACUCGGCAUCCACACGGGUUCGGUGGCCGCCGGUGUCGUCGGUCUCACCGCGCCGCGAUAUUGCCUAUUCGGAGAUACGGUCAACGUCGCGUCGCGAAUGGAGUCGACGAGUUUGCCGGAGAAAAUCCAAAUGAGCGAGAACGCGAGAGACUUUUGCACUCGCUACUAUCCCGAGUAUAAAUUGACGUUGAGAGGAGUCGUUGAUGCCAAGGGAAAGGGUGAAAUGACCACAUACUGGCUUGAUGGGAAGAAAGGAUCUGGAAUGGAGCACCUCGGAAUCUGA